AUGGCGGCGAAGCAGAUGGAGGAGAUACAGAAGAAGCUAGGGGUGCUUAAUUACCCAAGGGCAAAUGCGCCUGCUCAGUCUCUCCUCUUCGCUGGCAUGGAACGUUAUGCUCUUCUCGAAUGGCUCUUCUUCAAGUUGUUAGGUGAUAAGUCUCCUUUCUCACAGCAAAACCUUCAGGGAGAUGCUGGAGUUCGUGAUGAAGAAACUGUUCGUAUUCAGUAUUUGGCAGAGAUAGCAAAGUUUCUGGGGUUCACACCAACAGUAGAUAUUGAAGCCAUUCAAGGACAUGGAACCUAUGAAGAUCGGAUGGAAAUGCUUCGGAAUAUUGUUGAUUUAGUGGAGGCAAGUCUCUUCUCAGAUAAUCCAGAAUGGAGUAUCGAUGAGCAGGUUGCGAAAGAUAUUCAGCUCAUUGAUGCUAUUGCGGAGAGACAGUCUCUGAUCUUUUCUGAGGAAUGCAAACUGUUCCCUGCUGAUGUGCAGAUCCAGUCUAUAUAUCCUUUACCAGAUGUUUCAGAACUAGAGACAAAACUUUCAGAACAGGCAAAGAUUCUCUCUAACCUUCAGCAAAAAGUGGAUGAUUUGGCAGCAAAGCAUGCCUACAACCCUGACGAAGAAUAUGCAGAAGUGGAAUCUGAACUAAGAGCUCGUUUAGAAUCGUUUCUUGAAACUGCUAGAGCCUUCAACACAAUCUACACAAAGGAAAUCCGACCAUGGACUCACAUGAUGGAAGUACCUCAGCUUCAUGGGUUUGGUCCUGCUGCUAACCGUUUACUGGAGGCCUAUAAUAUGCUUCUCAAGUUCCUAGGGAACUUGAAGAACCUAAGAGACUCACAUGCAGCACUGUCGAUUGGAUCAUCGGGUACAGUAGCUGGAGAGCCGUCUACUGUAACCAGAAUUGUAUCCGAGUGUGAAGCCGCAUUAACUGUUCUAAAUCGAGACCUUGGAAUCCUCUCGGCUUCUAUUGCUCGUGAGCAAGGGGGGCGUCUGUAA